AGAAAACUGGGAGAUAGACAGUGCUAUGUGAAGCCACUGGGAGAAGAUAUCAACUUCUCUACGUUCGACACAAUCCCUUUUGCUUAGAAGGAAAGCGAAGAUGAAAGACCGACUUCAAGAACUAAAGCAGCGAACAAAAGAAAUCGAACUCUCUAGAGACAGCCCUGGGUCAAUCUCAGAGGCAGAGGAACAGGAGGAGUUCCUCCAGCAAGCUGUUAUUUAUGAAAGAGAGCCUGUAGCUGAGAGGCAGCUACAUGAGAUCCAAAAAUUACAGGACACCAUUAACAAUCUAACAGUUGCUGUCCAAAAAUUUGGGCAACAACAGAAAAGUCUGGUGGCUUCAAUGAGAAGGUUCAGUCUACUUAAGAGAGAAUCCAGCAUUACAAAGGAGAUAAAAAUCCAAGCAGAACACAUUAAGAAAGAUUUGGAUGAUUUAAUAAAAGAAGUUAAAAAGUCAGAGGAUGAAAACGGUCCAUCAUCGGUGGUCACAAGGAUACUUAAAUCUCAGCAUGCUGCCAUGUUCCGCCAUUUUCAGCAAACUAUGUUUAUAUACAAUGACACAAUAGCAGCAAAGCAAGAGAAGUGCAAGACAUUUAUUUUCCGUCAGCUCGAAGUUGCUGGCAAAGAAGUGUCUGAAGAAGAAGUAAAUGAUAUGCUUCAUCAAGGAAAAUGGGAAGUUUUCAAUGAAAGCUUACUUACAGAAAUCAAUAUCACUAAAGCACAACUCUCAGAGAUUGAACAGAGACACAAGGAACUUGUUAAUUUGGAGAGCCAAAUAAAGGAUUUAAGGGACCUCUUCAUUCAGAUAUCUCUUCUAGUAGAGGAGCAAGGAGAAAGCAUCAACAAUAUUGAAAUGACAGUGAACAAUACAAAAGAAUAUGUCAACACCACUAAAGAGAAAUUUGGGCUAGCGGUAAAAUACAAGAAAAGAAAUCCUUGCAGAGUAUUGUGUUGUUGGUGUUGUCCAUGUUGUAGCUCAAAAUAAAGCCACUGUAGAAAUUUUCCCAGCUUUAGGGUGAGGAUGUCCCAUAUUUCAGUGUCUUGUACUGUUUUAAUUCAUUUCAUGUGUCCUUCAAACACCUUUCAUCACUAUUAAGUCAUAAUUUCUCCUUUUUAGCUCUGAUCUACUAGAGUUACAGAAACUUUUUGAAGCCAAUGACAUAAAACAAGUCUUUGAAAAACCUACUGAAUUCUACAAUCCUGUAAAAAUACAGUAGUUUAAAUAAAUGUCAAACAUUGU